AUGAAACAGGUUGAACCUGACGAAUUCCAGGGAUCCCUUCUCAAGCUGGGAAAUGUCCUUGAGCUUGCUUCUGCUGGAGCCGACCUACGCCCGCUGUGGCCGCCAUGGGUCGCCAAGGCAUCGCUCUCGGCCCAAACAGCAGACCGCAAAGACAGCGGCUUGGUGAGUACCUUAUUGCAGCCUGUUAUUCUUGUGAUCAUCUCGACUGAGAAGCCUGGGGUCUUUCCCGGACCCCAGAUAUUUGGCCACGAAUGA